AACAAAGUUGUUAUUAAAUGAUCAUUCGCUCAUUGCGACAAGGUUUUGAGUAUAACACUUGUGAUAUAUAGAUACACGAUGUUGUAUUGUGUUGGUGUUUUUAAUCGUAUUUUCACCUUCACAACGACAUAACAACGUAUAACCAUAUAAUACACAAAACUUGUGUUGUAGCCCUCUCUAUAGUUUCAACGUUUUUUCGGUUUUGAAAUGUAAACAGACACGAUUCGACUUCAAAAGCGAUUGCAUCGGUUUUUGUUACCUGGUUGUUCGAUACAAUUUGUAUGUUUUCUGGCGUUCGCAUUAGUGAUCUAAUAAUAUUCGUUCAUAUCGUUCGACAGUGGUUUAGUGCGAGUGGAGUUACACAAAAUUGUAAAUAAAUAAAAUUUGUUCGUAAUAGUAAAAUCAGUGAAGACAACUUCCCAUCCUUGGUUGCAAAGACAUAUAGGACGUAGGUGGCAAAAAUAUGGGUUUCGGAGGCAGAAUGGAUGGCUGCGGCCAAUGCAUAAAGUACAGCAUGUUCAUUGCAAAUUUCAUCAUUUUCGUUGGUGGCGCUAUUAUGUUCGGACUGGGCAUUUGGACAGUGGUCGACAAAAAUUUUAUGAAUGAAUUGCUGGGUACAAAUCUAUUCGCUGGUGCAACAUACGUUCUGAUUGUAACGUCUGCGUUGGUGUGCAUGGUUUCAUUCUUCGGUUGCAUUGGUGCAGCGAAAGAAGUCAAGUGCAUGCUGUUAACGUAUUUCAUCAUCAUGUUCAUCAUAUUCGUAACGAUGUUAAUCGGUGGCAUAUUAGGUGUUGUUUUCCGCGAAAAAGUCCAAAUGACCAUGCGCCAGGAAAUGCAUUCAUCGCUGAAAUUAUACGGCAAUCGACGUGCAGUUACACAGGCCUGGGAUCAGACACAAACGAGACUCAAAUGUUGCGGUAUCGACGGCUGGAGGGAUUGGAAUGGUUUGGUGCCGGAGUCUUGCUGCCAGGUCACUUAUGGCGGCCAACGGAAACCCUGCAUCGAUGCUCCGUCUCCGCUGACACUGUAUGCGAACGGUUGCAGUAAGGUAACGACCGAUUUUGUUAAGGAUCAUGCGGCUAUAAUCGGUGGCACUGGCAUCGCUGUGGCAGUAUUAAUAAUAUUUGGAAUGAUAUUCUCGUGUUCGUUGUUCAAAAUGAUAGAGUAGCCGUGCUGGUUAGGUUUAGGUUCGCACAAAGUGUUUUUUUAACAAUUUGAAUUUUUCGUUUUUUUUUUGGACCAUUUCUUUUGUCAUUAAUUGUAAUUAGAUCCAAUCCUUUCAACCAUAUUAUUAUAUUCAAAUUCUCAUUAGAUUUUUGUAAUUUUAUAAAUAAUUUUAAUUAAAAUUAGGCGCGAUGAUCAUCUUAAAAUCAUUGAAUCCAUUUUAACGAUUUGUAAAGACAAUCGCACAUUUAUUGAAUAGGAAAUUUUUAAGAAUUUCUUUCGACGAGAAAAAUUUAAAAAUUUGCUUUGCUGGUCUAACGAGAAACACUACUCUACUACACAAAUUUACUAUAAUCCGUCCAAAUUAGUUGUAUAUGUGCAGCCGUACAAAACAAAAUAUAUGAAAUUUAGCUUUUAAGCUUCGAGUUUUUAUAUUAUAGAGAUAUAACUGUCGGCACUAUACAAAGAGACAUAUAAAUCAUAUCAUAGCUUUUUACUGUAUUUUUGUUUUCUAAGAAAAUGAGUAAACGUUUUUUCGAAACCAAA